CUCAGGAUCUAUUAUAGUAUUCGUAUUAGCAAAACAGAACGCUAUUGAAGAAUGGAAAAGAAUUAUAGGACCGACCACGAAUCGUUUCAGGUAACAGAAGCGCGUUUGUAUUUUCCUGACAGCAUUCGAGCGAAAUAUGGUCGCAAGGGAGAUGACUUAAAAAAUGCUAUCCAUGGCAGUUACAAUCACGAAGAGGCCGAGAAAGAAAUCCAUUUUUUCUUUCCUACAUUCAUAAUUGAACCUGUGUUAAGAGACGAGAUGGCUGAAGAUUUUUUAUGGGAAACUAUUAAUCCGGUUCUUGUCAAAGGUUUAACAAUGUGUUGCAAGCAAAAACCAGCCGAUCCUGUAUUGUGGUUAGCACAUUGGUUGAUUCUAAACAACCCUAACAAGCCUAAACUACCGGAAGAUCUCGCUUUAAUUCCAACAUAAUUUCUUCCGAAUCAUUUCAUAUUGCAGACCUGUUCUACACUUUAACGCAUAACAC